GCAUCAUGUUCGAACACCAUAUCACAUGAGGCUCAUCAUGGAACUGGAUGCUUAGCUACGCACCGUUUCUUCCUACGUUCAAUUUCAGACGCCUCUCGACCAAUGGUAUCUUUGAAUGCGUGCAUCAAGGUACAGUAGAACGCGCCUCGUCGUACCACCGGCUCUCCGCAACUUACCAUACAAGAGCUUAUGCACUAGUCCAUGUUCCCGCUGAUUCUUUCUUUCGUUCUUUCUAUCCUUCUUCUCUCGUUCUCUCUCUUCUUCACUAUCUUCCCAUUUCUCGAACUUCCCAUCCCCAACUGCACAAUACAUCCCAGCACCACCAGCGCUACUCACAGCCAUGGACGACGAAGCCCGACAAGCCCUCGCAAGCAUGAAAAUGCCGCGUCGCCCAAUAAACUUCGUCUCCGCAACAUCCGGCGAGAUCCUCAAGCUCGGCCACAUAACAUGCAGGAUCAUGGAGGACGGCUCGCGAACAGACAACCGCCUCGGUUCCGCCGAAUUUACGCUCCCCCCGCACACCGCCGGCCCGCCAGCACACUGGCACGAAAUGCACGACGAGACCUUCCUCGUAACAGCCGGCACAGUGCGCUUCCACGCACCAGACGGCGCGUACCACGACGCGUCUGUAGGCGACUACGUAACGGUGCCGAUACGCGCGCCACAUACAUUUUCGAACCCGGGGGACGAGGAGGCCAAGUUCUUCAAUACGUUUACGCCGGCGUUUUAUAUUGAUUAUUUCAAGAUUCUGGCAGAGAUUAGCAAGAGGGAUGAGAUGAUGAGUCGGGAGAAGAAUGUUGAGGUUAUGGCGCGGUUUGCGACGGUUGUUGCGGGGGAGAUGGUGGGGGAAGGGAAGGGGAAAUAGAGGGGCUGGUGGGAUGAGCAUGAGAUGGAGA